GCGGCUGCUGCGGCCGCGGCUGGUCGAAAGCUGCGGUUGCGGUGGAGGAGGAGUGGUCGCCCGUCAUCGCAGCCUUCAGCGAAGCACCUCUUCGUGCUUACAAUUCGAACAUUGCGUCAUAUAUUUGUUGUUUCUUUAAAAGCGGCUGUGAUCGCAGGAUGGAGUUGAUGUUAAACGUCUUGGAUAUUGUUUGCUGAUAAAGAGUCAGCAGCACAAUGGCUCUCCUCGGGCGUCCACUUCUGCUUGUUCCCAAGAGCCUCCGCUAUAUUUCUCCUUUGACGUGCCGCCUGCACAUAUAUGCUCCUUGUGCUUCGCCAACAGGGGUGAAGACUAAAAUAACUUAUCCCAGUAAAGCAACUGUGACUCCUAUAUUUCGAAAUGCCCCCCUGUUUGCGGAAAGGACAGCCUUGCGGGAUUGUCAUGGCUUUUACACAUACAUGGGACUGUUCCUCAGCAGCCGUCAACUUGCAAAUCAGAUCACAGAGCUGCUGAAAGGGAAGGAACAGGAGAGGGUUGCUUUCUUGUGUCCUAAUGAUGCGUCUUAUGUCAUUACUCAGUGGGCCUGUUGGAUGAGUGGGCAAAUUGUUAUUCCUUUAAGUCCCCUGCAUCCUGAAGCAUCACUUCAGUAUUUCAUCACAGACAGUGAUGCAUCGCUGCUUCUUACAACAAAUGAAUUUGCCCCAAAACUUGAAGGCAUAGCUCAAAGUUCUGGACGCCGCCUUCUAGUGAUUGAUGAUGCCUUAAGAACUUUAGCAAUGAAACCAGAAAUCAAGGUGGAUCCAAGCCAAGUAGAUUAUAUUCAACCUUCUGGACCUGUCACUGAUGAUAUAAAUGCUGGUCUUGAGGAUGAUUUCUAUGCAGACAGCUCUGCUAUGAUCAUCUACACAUCAGGAACUACAAGUAACCCAAAAGGUGUUGUUCUGAGCUAUCGUAAUUUAGAAGCACAAGUGCAGUCUCUUGUGGAAGCUUGGAAUAUCACUAGUAAAGAUAAUGUUCUACACACCUUACCCCUUCAUCAUAUCCACGGCAUUGUCAAUGGAAUGAUGUGCCCCCUUACGGUUGGUGGAAGAUGCACCAUGUUGCCCCAAUUUUCAUCCUCCAAGGUGUGGGCACAGUUGCUGGCCAUUCGGAUGAAAGCCGCAGACAGAGUAAAUGUAUUUAUGGGAGUUCCUACAAGUUACGUCAAACUUAUUGAAGAGUAUGAGCUAAUAUUCAGCAACAAUGAAAAAAUGCGAGAAUACAUUCAGAAAAUUUUAUCUGAAAAAAUUAGACUGAUGACCUCUGGGUCAGCCCCUUUACCAACACCAAUUUUUGAACGAUGGGAAAAGCUUUCUGGACAUCGGCUUUUAGAGAGAUUUGGUAUGAGCGAAGUUGGCAUGGCUCUCUCCAACCCAUUGAAUCCUUCCUCAGAUAGAAGACCAGGCUUUGUAGGAACACCUUUACCAGGAACUAAAGUGCGCAUAGUGAGAACUGAAAAGGGAGAACAAAAUCCCAAUGAAGUGAAAGAGGAAGUAUUGUGCGAGGGAGAUCAAAAUGGCACCAAAGUUCUUGUGAAUGAUGGUGAGCCAACAAUUGGUCAGUUACACGUCAAGGGGCCAAAUGUAUUUGAAGGGUAUUGGAGGAAACCAGAAACAACUGCCAAGGAAUUUGCUGCAGACAAUUGGUUUAAGACAGGAGACACUGCACAGUUUGUAGAUGGUUCUUACAAAAUAUUAGGAAGAACAUCUGUGGACAUUCUCAAAACUGGUGGUUACAAAGUGAGUGCUGUUGAGGUAGAAACAGCUCUCCUUGGCCAUCCUGACAUUAUUGAUUGCUCUGUUGUAGGACUCCCCGAUGCCACCUGGGGGCAAAAGGUAGCUGCUGUGGUGGUCACAAGGCCUGGAGCUGAAAUACUUUUAUCUCAAGUAAGAGAAUGGAGCAGGGAUAAAUUACCUCCUUAUGCUAUUCCAACAGUGUUAAGGGUACUUGAUAAAAUUCCACGAAAUAACUUAGGUAAAGUAAACAAAGUUAAUAUGGUGAAAGAAGUUUUCCCAGUUUCCGAUAGCAAACCUCUGAAAAAGUAACUACUCUCUGCAAAUUUUUUUCAAACUGAAAUUGAAAAGUUAGGGCCUGCCCUCCACACUAUUAAGCUAUCUCAAUAUUUCACCUUAGGAAGUAUUUCUCCCUGUUCAUUCCUUUGUUAGAUUCAACCUGCUAGUAUCU